CAACCCGCGACCACCGAAAUUUCGUAGUAUGGUAGUCUACACGAUGGAGUGUUCGUAGGAUAAAGACGUGAUCACAAAUGCUAUUAAGUCUAACUAUGUUUCGUCGUAGCUUUAUAAAUACAACGUCUUUUGCUGUUGAAAGUUGUGCGGUUGUGCCUUAGUUAGAAAUUAGAAUGACGGAAAAUUGAUUAGUUGAGUCAUACCGCAUACGGUCAUACUCAUACCUAAUCUAUCAUAAUCAUGGCGUUAAUUUGGAAGAAGUUUCGUGAUGGCAAUAACCACAAGGCAGGCCAUCAUGCUCCAAGACCAGGUGGAGAGGGCGUCAUACAAACAUCACUGCCUUCUAAAGUUUCUGCCAGAGAGAUAAUUUCGCCACAACACUCGCAUAGUUUUGUCUCUCCUGCAGUUGAGCGACUUUUUUUUCCUAAGCUCAGUCCAGAUGUUAGUGAUCCUCUGAAGGCUCAGCCUAAUUUUGUCACGACGCUUCAACAAAUAUUGGACAAUCUCAAGACAAGACGUUAUUUUCUAUCAUAUCUGGAAGGCAGUGAGUCUCAAGUACUGGCUGCCUUCUGGAUUGAUGUGCACAAUCUUCAGCAAUGUGGACUGGAAAUUCUGGCUGAACAAAAAACUGGCUGCCAAGAGAAAUGUUCAGAUGUUGGCUCAAAUAACAUUCAAAGCAAUGAUGGAAAUAAAAUAUUGUCUUGCUCUUCUACUGACAAAACCUGCGAUGAAACAAAGAAAAUUCUUGAUGACAGACCUGACUGUAACGGCUCUGGAGAUUCUAUGGAUGGAAUUGUGGGAAAAGCCAGUGACUAUACAAAUCAUUUUGUCCAUGAGAAAAAAGAACUGGAGGGUUCUGUGUCUAAUAUUUCUAAUGCUAACUUUUAUAGUUCAAAUUCUAAUUCCUGUGAUACUCAAUUAGUGGAUAAUUAUUCUUCCAAUCAGUGUGAAUUUAGUGAUUCCGAUAGACAUAUUAUUAAACUUAGUAGUAAUGAUAACAACUCAAAUUUUGAAAAACUCAACCCUCUCGAGAGUUUUGGAGAAUUCAUUAUAGAUCCUAACACUAAAGAUGUCUCAAACCACAGGAGCAGUCUUACCAAUGGCAUUAAUAACAAUGAAAGUAAAGCAGUCCCCGGCGUAAAAGAUUCUUCAGUAGAGCCAUGCAACUUUAACAGAAACGAGGAAGGUUUCUCAAAUGAGAUUCUUCAGCACCUAUUCAAAGAAGUUUGGAGGAUAUUUGAACGCUAUAUUGCCGUUGACUCAGACUAUAAAUGUCCUAUCAGUGACAAAAGCAAAGCCAAAGCUCGAGAGAAAAUUGGUAAAAUGCAUAUAAACUUUGAUCCUUACUGCUUCAAAGAAGCUCAGGACGAGGCUUACAUGCUUUUGGAAGGUGAGGUUGCAGGUUUCUUGUCAAGCAAUUACCAUCUACGGCAUCAGCUUGACCUCCUCUCGUAUUCCAGUCCAACUCUACCAGACAUGUUAUUUUCCCAAGCUGCCUUCCCGUACUUUGUUGAGUUCCUCGACCAGAAAGGAGGCCGGCCUUUGCUUGAGUUUUGGAUGAUGGCCUCUAAUUUUAGAGAACAACUGCAGUCUGCCAGUGCACCAUCAUCUCCAACUGAUACAACAUUGGACAACUGUUCCCAUGAUACUUCGAAGACCCCACGAAACGAAUCAUUGUCAGUACAGAACCAGGAAGAUGCCAUGGUUAUUUACGACAAAUAUUUCUCCCUGCAAGCAUCACAAAAACUUGGGUUCAGUGACGAGCUCCGAUGCUUUGUAGAGAGCAAUAUCUGCCAGGAACAAGGUCCGGACGCGGACUGCUUUGACGUCGCGGUGCGGAUUGUCCUUUACGUCCUACAGACGUGCUUCUUACCUGACUACCUCAGCUCCACUCUCUAUGAUGGCUACAUCUCUGACCUUCUUGCUAGUGUCAAGCAUACCGCUGGUCAGUGUCGAGCAUACCGCUGGUAUUUUCUGAAUAUCAUCUAUUAUUAUCAUCUAAAUCUAAGUAUUUUCUUAAUAUCCUCUAUUCCCGUGACAGGCCGCAGCUCUGGCAAGACUCCCGCGCUGCCCGCCGCUACGAGCGACAUGCGCAUAGACGCCAGGCUCAUCUCUGAUCCCGACUCUCUGUGGCGGCGGCCGAAUAUUACGGGAGGGCUGAGCUGCGGAUCCAUUAAUGCGCUGGGACGCUUCGAGUCGCUGCUGCAGGUAGAGGAGCUGAACGUCGCCAGCAACGACCACUCCAAGCUCGCCAGGACGCUGCGUAGACUCGCCAACAGAGACGAUCAUAAGACGCGCCUCGAGCAGGCAUAUUCAGUGGCUGCGGCGAUCGUCGGAGACGUUACGCGUGUCACGCUGGACGCUCGUAACACUCCUGCGUCACCUUACCACCCCACCGACCCCUACGACCUGGCGAACCUUCGUCACCCCCAGCAUCCACUAACCUCCUCCUCCUCCAAGCCCAAUAAUAACACCAACGUCUCGGACGACUUCGUACCUCCUUUGCUCUACUCGGAGUACUUCAAGCCCUUGAUAGUGCGCGGCUCGAACUCUAACCUCUCCAUAGCUUCUUCCACGUCUGAUUUACCUCAGUCCUCUUCGAGUGUUUCUUCGCCCGCAAAGUCGAGUCUUGUUUCGAUGCGCAAGUCUUCUUCAAAUUACAACUUCAGUGACAUCACCGACGGCCUCUUUGGUUCUGGUAGUCACGGCCUCGCUCAUUCCUACAGCCUCGCCUCCUUCGACCUCGAAACUGAUGUGGACGCCGAUUUUCCCGCCCUCCCUACCGAGCCUGAAUUGCAAUUGAGAAAAAAUUCGAAAAUAUAGCGAUUACACCCAAAGUUCUUUCUGUUUCAUAUGAUAUUGUUGAAUUAAAAAUAUUUAUUCUGAAAUUUAUUUUUAUUAUUUCUUUCUGUUCAUUGUCAUUGUAUUGUGUUUUCUCAUUAUAGGUUGUGUUUAGUGCCUUCGAAUUUCUGGACUGGAUUUCUUUCAGCCUUCCUGCGAUCGCUCUUGAAAUGAUACCACGGGUGUUGUAAUAUGAAUUUUUAGCCGGAAUAUACAGCUUGAUAAAUAUUACUUCAUUAAUGAUGUCUUCUUUUAAGAAAACCUAACAUGUUGCCCACUUGUAUAACGUAGUAAAACAUUGUGAAAUAAUUAAUUCUCAAUUGCCAGUUCCCAUCAUUUUGGUCAAGGUUUUUUUAUCGUGUUUAUGAAUGUAGAUUUUGACGUUUUUUAUCUGAGGUUACUGCGUAAUCUUUGUGGCAGUGUAGC